AUGUCAGAGCUAUUCAAGGAUAUCCCAGAGUUCGUAGAGACGAACAUUGGUGAAUCAGUCACAGCUCGUACAGAGACAUUGGCUACGUUUCGUGAACUUGGUCCACCCGAUUUAUGUCAAGUUAUAAAAUCAUCUGGAUCCAAGACUGCUCAGAAGGAUCUGGGCUCAUACCAUUAUUGUUCCGGUGUUGAAGCUUCCUCAUCAGCUUCUCUAGCUGCUUAUUUGAACUCAUUACAAUUCUCAGUAGAAGAAGAUACAGCUUGGUUUGGAAAAGGUCACGGAUGGAAAGUGCGAAGUGGAACUUAUUGCUGUUUCAAUGCCUUCUCCAGGGUGGAUAUGCGAGUGGACGUGAAGAUUCCAGGUGGAGUGGAUGCUUAUGUUGUAGAUCUAAGAGGUGAUAAACACGCAGCUACACCAGAAUUAUGGCAAGAAACAUACCUCUCUGCAUUACUUCGUGCAAUUAGGUAUGCGGACGAUGCGUCAUAUCGUCUCGCAGGGUAUAGGAAAUUAGAUCCUAUCACUACGCCAGAAGCUGAGGCGAGGUUCUUGAAAGCUGCUGAAGCGUUGUUCUUCAAGGGAUGGCAGCUUGGUUCCGAUCCUGAGAUCCAGGUAGCAACGGUAGUGACGAAUCAUCUUACUUCGGCUGUGUUGAAAUAUUUUCAAGAUUCAUUUAGGUUGGAUAGAGCUGCGAAUCUUUUCGAGAGGAUGAUGGUGAAUGAACCUGAGGUAGCGGCGUUGGUAGCUAGGAGUUAUAUCGGUAUGAACGAGGAGAUCAAAGCCGUCAAAACCAUGCAUUCCGCCUUAUCGUCCAACCCUCAAUCUUACCCCAUCUUACAUGCCCAGUGCGACUUCCUCUUGUCCAAAGGCAAACCCGAAUGGGCUCAACAAAUUGCUCAACAAGCCGUCAACUCUGCUCCCAGCGAAUUUGUCACCUGGGCAAAAUUGACUGAAACAUAUAUUGAAUUAGGACAAUUCGAUCAAGCUCUCUUAACGUUGAAUUCAUGUCCUAUGUUCACGUUUAACGAGAGGGAUUUACAUCGUAUGCCUACGCCUUUGAAGACUCAUUUACCGGUGAAGAAGUUUAUAGCGGAGAGUGGGAUCUUGGAUGAAGAGUCUGCUAGAGAUAAUGAGGCCGACGUGGCUCUUAUUCGAUUACCUGCACCUGGCCUACGAGGGACAUUCGCCAAAGCAUAUUCGUUAUUGACAUUGUUAGUAUCCAAAAUUGGAUGGGACGAAUUGUUGAAAACUCGAUCACAAGUAUUUGUAAUGGAAGAAGAAUACAGAUUACACAAGACCAGUGCAUCAGUGGAGAUGAACGGAUUUGCGGCUGAUGAGGACGCUUCUACGACUGGAGUCAGGGGCGGUUCCUCAGCUGGAGAACGAGAACCUAACACACCCUCUGAUAUACCUACUAUACGAAUAUCGACCGAGUCAACUCGAACGCCCAACGGUACGACAUUCCAACAUCAGAAAAAGGAGAGUCAGAGUCAACCGAUGGACACGGUUUUGGAAAAACCUGAGAUGGCGCAAGUCAACGAUGAACCGAAUAGUCCUAUAGGGAUGAAAGCGGAUGAUGCUUCUGAGGAAGGAGAAGACGAUGAUGGGGAAGAAGGAAAUGGGACGAAUCAACCUCCUUCGGCAUUUGCGAAUAAGAGGUUAUGUGAGAGGUGGUUGGAUAAUCUGUUCUUGGUAUUAUACGAGGAUCUCCGAGUGUACACAAUUUGGCGGGCCGAGAUAUCGCACUUCAAGACCCAACACAUGUCUUACCGCAAGACUGGGACGGAAUGGGAGAUCCUCGGAGAACUUGCAUCUAGAUUACAUCAUAAGGAAGAGGCGAAAGAUGCUUUCCAGAGAUGUCUGGAUAGUAAAUUCUCUGCUAAAGCUUUGAUCAAGUUGUUGGAGAUGUACGCUACGGAAGGGGAUUUGCAAAGGACUUUGAAUGCUGCGAUCAGAUUGACGACAUAUCAUCAUCGAUGGUACAUGGAUGCAGCGUACCCGUCGAUGAUUGCUCAUUAUCUGUUUAAGCUUGGUUUGAUACAUGGCCAUGCCAAGAUUCAGUAUACGCUGUUGAGUAUGAACCUUCCGGUGGGGAUAUUCGAGAUCAUGCAAGGAUACAUGAAAUACGGAGCGACUUUUAAUGUCGAAGGAUCAGAGUUUUAG